AUGAGAGGUCAUUAGAAGAGUUUGCCCAAUCUAAGAUUUCUUAAGCCUUAAUCAACUGCACGAAUCACUCAAGGGAAUGAUUCUAUAGGAUUUAAAUUUUAAGAAUAGCAAAAUUAUCAAAGAUUCGGCAAAGAGAAUUCUCUUUAAAUUGACAAGAAUAACACUCCAGUGAGUAAUAAUAUUUCCAAAGUUGCUAAACAGAGUUUCAUUCAGAAAACAGAACCGAAUGAAACAACUUAAAAAAAAAUGGAAUGGUAGAAAAUCAAAAAAUUAUAAGUCGGAAGCCUUCCGUUUUCAAAUUUCUCUAUCGACCCAUUUUAAAAUAGAAUUCAGAAUAAUCGCUAACUCCUCGAAUUGUGUAGCCCUUACCUGAAAUCAAUUAUUUCUAUUAUGUUUCUGACUUAGUUGCCGCUUAUGGGGCUAAAGACAAUUAUUUCAAUCGUCUUUUUAAAGAUCAUCUUUAAUAAAGUUUUAUGGCAUUUAAAUAAUGCGCAACUUCUAAAAUCAUAUUUAGGCCUAAACCUUUUAUUCUUGCUAAGGAUCCUAAAGGUAGAAAAUUAAAUUUAAAUUAGACACAAGAAAAUAUACCUUAUUAUUAGAUUUGGAUGAAACUCUGGUACAUUGUUCACUAGACAUGAGAUUGCCAUGCGAUAAAAAACUCAAUAUCAAAUUAUCACCAUAAGAAAUAUUAUAAGUGGGACUUACUAUUCGGCCAGGGCUCUAAACUAUGUUAGAAACCUUAUAACCUCAUUUUGAGAUUAUCAUCUUUACAGCUUCACAUGGUCAGUAUGCAAAAAAAGUGAAAAUUAAUUUCUAAAUAUUAGAUUGUAGAGUACAUUGAUCCAAAAAAAAUUAUAUCUAAGGUUUUAUCUAGAGAACAUUGUUGUUUCACAGAUCUUGGAUAAUAUGUUAAAGAUCUUUCUAUCGUUAAAAAUAGAUUUCUUUCUAAAACCAUUCUUGUAGAUAAUUCGGCUUUCAGUUAUUUCUAUUAAAUUGAUAAUGGAGUCCCAAUUAUUCCAUUUUAUGAGAAUAAAUCAGAUAAAUAAUUGAGCCUACUGACCAAGUAUUUGAUUGGCGUUAUUGGCUAUGAGGAUGUCCGAGAAUACAAUUAGUAUUAUUUCAUUGUAUAUUUAUUUAGGUAAUACUUAAAGACGUACCUACUGGAUAAGUUGGAUACUUUGGAAUAAAUUAUUGACAUCUAUAAGGGUUAAAUUAAUUCUAAAAAAACCUGA